AUGUCACAAUCAACCGCUCCCCCGGCUCUCGUCAUGCCGACAAAGGAGAUAUUCAACGACUUUGACAUCAUCAGCGAGCCCUUCGUCACGCGCGAGAACCACCCCAUCCUCGCUCACAUCCUCCUCCCCAAGAACCCGCAGCCCGGCCCGCGCCCCAUCAUCGUCAACUGGCACGGCGGCUACCUCAUCACCGCGCACGGCCUCUACGCGCCCUUCUUCCCGCAGUACAUUCUCAACCUCGCGCGCCAGCACUCUGCCAUCAUCCUCUCCCCAGACUACACCCUCCUCCCGCACAGGGACGGCCUCGCCGUCGUGCAGGACGACGUGCGCGCCUUCCACAGCUGGUUCACGACGGCAUUCAUCCCACUCCUCGCCGACAAAGCCCCCGCGCUUAAGCCCGACCUUUCGCGGGUUCUCCUCAACGGCGGCUCCGCGGGCGGCUACGCAGCCGCCAGCCAUGCGCUCGCUUUCCCCGACGCGUUCCGCGGCCUAGCGCUCGCGUACCCCAUGAUCGACUUCGACACGGAGUGGUGGCGCCGCGGCAGCAGGGCCGUCGGCGCGCCCAACCCGGGCCGUCUGCCGGACGAGGCGUUCCCGGCGAACGAUGAGGAUGUGCGGGCGCGCAUCGAGCGGGAGCGUGCCGGCCCGCGCAUCUCCUCGGCGGACGAAGAACGCCAGGGCUUCGGCUCGGAGAUUGCGCGCGUGGGCUUCUUCCAGGACGUGUUCAGUCCCGAUGGGAAGCUCGACGGCGAUGAGUCCGUGUGGCUGAACAGGCGCAUCGCAAAGGGAGCCGCGCUGCCGGAGCGGGUGUGGGUGUUGCAUGGCGACGGCGACUCGGCGGUGCCUGUCGAGACGUCCCUGUCUUUUGCCCAGACGAUGGAGAAGCAGGGCAGGCCGGUGCGGUUGGACGUUGUCAAGGACAUGGAUCACGGGUUUGACCUGUUUCCGGGCAAGGACUGGAAGGGCUCGGAUGACCCCUUGAUUCUGGACGCCACGGCAUGGCUGGCCGAGAAGUGGCUGCAGUGA